AUGGUCUUUCGAAUUGAAGUAAAUCUUGGUAAUGGAUUCCUUUUAUUAAAAACAAUGAAACGUAAAUUUGAUCAUAUACAAUCAGUUAAUAAAUUCAAUAUAAAUAUACCAAAACAUAUAAGACAUUGUCAAAAAUAUUGUACAUAUUGUAGUCCUGAACGAUAUACUAUAUUAAUACAUAAUGAACAUUUAAAUCAAAUUCAUUAUACAAUGUGUCCAUAUGAUGAAUUAUUAAUUAUGGCUAAAUCAAUUUGUACAAAUUUAAUGCCAGAUGAUAAUAAUGAUCAUAACAACCAGAACGAUACUACUACUACUACUACUACUACUACUACUAAUAAUAAUAAUAAUAAUAAUAAUAAUAGUAACAAUAGUAUAACAAUUUUAGUCUUAUCGAUAACUUGCGGCAAACUCUCCAAUUUCACAAAAUACAAUCCUGUUCUUAUCAAUCGAAACAUCAACACUAGUACCCAUAAUAACAAGAACAAUACUACUACUACUACUAAUAUAAGUAGUACAAAUCAUACAAAAUCAUCAAAUCCCCUUAACACAACAAUCUCUAUAAAUAUUCAAACUAUUAGUAAGACGAUUCAACGAGCUAAACUGGAAAAUGUUAAUUAUAAACAAUCCAGAACAAAAUCUAAAUGGGGAAUUAUUAAUUUGUCCACAUGUAAUAAUAUACAUUCCGAUAUUUUAAUUGAUUUAAACACUUCAACGAAUAGUAUGAACGAUGGGAAAAAGAAUAUUUGUUACACUUAUGACAAUCAUUAUCAUUAUUAUUGUUGUUAUUAUUACUAUUAUUAUUAUUGUUAUCAUUAUCACUAUUAUUCAUAUCAAAAAUCACCUUUGUUUACAUCAUUAUGGUCUGAAAAUAUCUUAAAUAGUGGAAUUAAAGAUAUCCAACUGGGUUCAAAAAUACCCAACAUCAAUUGUGACGCUUGUACUCAGAAAAUUAAUAUCACUCAAAACUCCAAUGAAAAGCACACUGGUAACAUGGAGAAAAUAUUCAUAGAAAACGAAACAGAUAUUGAAGUAAUGCGAUAUAUGUCUCAGUUUGAUUUGAUCAAAAACUAUGCUCAAAUAAGAUCCGAAAAUCAAAAACCAAACAGACUGAAAGAUCUAAAAUUAUCAGUUAAUUUACGUCCGCCAGAACCUGUUGGUUGUCAACUACUGCAAAUGAAUUCAGCACCUGUUACGAAAGGAUCGUGA